AUGACUGUAAUCCGAGAGCUGAGGUGGAUCUUUUCCACCUUCGGUAUCCCUGAAAAGAUAGUUUCGGACAAUGGUGCACCUUUCGUUUCCGCUGAAAUUAAGGACUUCUACAAGAGCAAUGGUAUUACCCUGGUGACUAGUGCACCAUAUCACCCGGCAACCAAUGGCCUGGCGGAGAGAAUGGUUGCCGAGGUAAAAACGGCGCUUCGGAAGUAUACUCAAGGGUCGAUUGAGUGUCGACUGGCUCGUUUUCUUUUCAAACAGCAUUCAACUGUCAGCGCCAGCACAGGGGAGACACCAGCUGUUCGGAUGUUUGGACGAGAGUUUCCUUCGAGUCUGGACUUGCGUCGUCUUAAAAGGAGAACAGCGUACGAAGACAGGGAUUUGUCAAGAGCCAGAACAUUGGCACUACAGCAGAGGGUCUGGAUACGCAAUUUUAAUGGCACCCCGGCCUGGAUACCAGGGAAACUUGUUGAGCGUCAUGGGCUGCGAUCAUGGAUUGUCGACACAGGAACAAGACUGCAACGCAGACAUCUCGACCACAUCAGACGGGCGGCAAGGAAACCUGAGGUGGACCCUGCCCAGCAAGAAAUCCACAUAUCUCCGGCCACAGCCUGGGGAGCUCUACAAAGUCCAGAUACGGUUAUAGACGAAGAUUCCACGGAUUCUUCCCGUAUGGCCGUAAUACCCACAAGGAAUCGCGAAACAGUGCGUGACUAUCCUACAAGAGCUCGGAAGCCUCCGGGUUGGAUGAAGGACUACGUUUUCGCCUAG